AUGCGAUUCAUUUCUGCCACUGCCAGACCGAGUCUCACCCCUCUGGGCUACCGACUUCUCCAUCUCUCCGAAUACAAGCUCGCCAAUCUUGAGCCACGCGUCGGAGGUCGAGAAGACGGUGUGGCACUUUGGAAAGAAGUCGUCGUACGUGAAGCCGUACGAACCGCUUGGAAAUCUGUUCAACAAGGUACAGUCGGUGAUCUCACCGACUGGUCAUCCAAGGGAGCGAUGGGUCUCGACGUCAUCGAAGAAGAAGAAGAAGACGACGACGAGGAGUCAAACAGUACCUCCUCGACCUCUUCAACGGUCGGACAAGAGCGACAAUGGUUCGAAGAUCUCGUCAACUCGCUCGGAGAUGACGAGGUCGACGACGCCAGGACUCACGAAUGGGCAGAGUCAUUUGUCGAGACGGCCUUUGACGAUAUGGAGUAUGAUGACGAAGGAAUCGAAGCAUUCACCUUCCCUGCCAUCUCUCCUCCUCUCUCGCCUUCUCUUCCUCCCUCUCCCGUCAACGGUCCACUGUCCCUCCCCACCGUCUCGCCGACACUCACAAGUCGUCGUCGUACCGACGUCGAGGUCAUCAUCGUUGGCUCGACUGACGACGCCGAACCCGAGGACGAUCAGGACCUCGUGGCGGAUAUGACUAUGUCCACCCGUGAUUCUCCUUCGAGUCCAUCCGCCGUUUCUCCGCCAAAUCGACGCGUCAAAUAUCACUUCGGUCCAAAACCUGGCGACGGGGUCCACAGACCACUCUCGCCCGUCCUCGCCGCAUUGCCGUCGCCGACGUGGUCACAGAAAGACAAGUCUGCGACAUACGACCCUGACUGGAAGUCUACAUUUGAUCUUGAUCAACGCGAUCCGCUGGACGAUUGCGCCGACGACGAAUUCAUGCUCCCUCCGCCUAUGCACCGAUCCAUGUCGACCGAUUCGGCCUGCAGCACAGACGACGAUGAGGAAUGCAAUUGCGUGACUCCCCCUUGGCCGUCCGGCAGGAGCCUUGAGCAACUGGAGGACGACGACUCCGAGAUCGAGAUGAACUCGACAAAAUUCAAUCGAAAAGAAAAAGAUAUACCCAGACCCAAUUCUGGAUCAUGGCUCGACUUGGUCGUAGAUCGCUUGGAGGGCCUGAACUGUGAAUGA